UCACUUGAUGAAUCACUCUCUAACACUAGUGACUUAACCUUCUCAAACUGUUAAACUCAAAAACAAAGUUCGUGAGUUCGUUAGCUUAGAUUUCAAGGUUGGCCACACGUUUAGUCUGUUUUAUUACAAAAACACACGUUUAGUGUGCUAUAUAGUAACAAAUAUUGACGCGAAAUUCUACAAGUUUUGAUUUGUUAUUUUCAAGACAUUGUUUCACUGCCUCAGCAGUUGUGAAGAGGCUGUUGGACUGGCUCUCGUUAAGCCUCUGGAUCUUAAAGCCCGUCCUGUUUUUCAAGGUAAUGCUCUGUCAAGGGAAAAGUGGACUGGAAAUCUCUUCGGGUUAAAAGUGGAUUCGAUACUUUAAAUACGACUCGACUUUACCAAACAACGAACAAACAAACAAACAAACUAGGCGUUAGUAGAUUUUAAAGUCUUGAAGUAGAAACUAUGGCCGAGACGAACCAGACCGAGGUGUAUGUUUACGAACAGGUUGUUAUCCUGACAUCCUGUAUACUUUCGUUUUUUGGGUCACUUUUAAUCAUAUGCACAUUUGCAAUAUGGCACGAUCUGAGAACUACACCGAGAAAACUGCUCGUGUAUCUUUCUGUCGCUGACCUUCUGUCUGCACUCUCUUACUUUUACGGAGUUUUGAGGAUUUUUGACUCUGAUUCUGGGGAUUGUAUUGCGCAAGGAGCCAUUUCCACAUUCGCCAACACCAGCUCAUUCUUCUGGACCGUGGCUAUUGCCAUUUACUUAUACGUUUUCAUUGUGAAGUCCAGCCAGAGACAGGCCGACAACUUGGUGCUGUACUUUCAUCUUAUCAGCUGGGGCGUUCCUCUUGCCAUCACUGUGGCAGCCCUGUCCCUGCACAAGAUCGGCUAUGACGCCUCUGAGGUGUCUGUUGGCUGGUGCUGGGUGAACAUCCAGGCUGAAGACCAUGUGCUGUGGAUGCUGCUCACGGGAAAGAUCUGGGAGUUCAUUGCCUAUGUCACACUGCCAGUCCUGUACAUCCUUAUAAAGAUACACAUUCACAAUGCACAUGCAGCUCUGUCUGAGUACCGUCCCAUCCUGACCAGCAGCCCUGUCUCUAACUCGCUGUCUUCCAUGGCAGACAGGAAGCUCACCCUCAUCCCCAUCAUCUUCAUCAUGCUCCGCAUCUGGAGCACCGUCCGCUUCCUGCUCCUGCUGACUGACUCCCCUGCAGGACACAACCCUGUGCUGGUCACCUUGCAUGGAAUUGGAAACAGCUUUCAAGGAGCUGCGAACUGCAUCAUGUUUGUGCUGUUGACUCCCUCAGUUCGCUCACGUCUGGUGGCUGGGCUGUGCUGCAGAGGUCAGGACAGACACUGGCAUACAGAUUCAGUGUCCCAGAACAGGGCAAGUGCACAUACGCCUUCACACAGAGAGGAAAACACCAACCCCCAAACCAGGGAGAACAGUGAGGGGUAACAGCUUCUAGGAUCCUCCAUCUGCUGCAGUACAUUAAACACUAUUUGAAUCGAGUGAAAGCUCUGACUUUACAGCUCUCUGUUGUGGUUGUUGGAGUUACAUCGGAGCCUUACAUUAGCUUUCUUGUUUGACCAAGCGCCUUCACGGAUUACAGGGGACUGCGGUCACAUGCACAAAACCCGCAGAGCAUGGAACACAAACGCACUUACUGUUACUGGUUUAGCUCAGCACUUUUGGUGGGAGGCUUUCUGUCUUCCAAAUCUGUUCUGUCUUCCAUAUCUCAUGUUCACUUUAAUAGAAAUAAGAUCUGUAGCUCAGGGGGAAGCGAGGGAUACAGCAUUUUAUUAACUAGUGACCAAAAUGGCAAAUGUACUGUGAAGUGUUUUUACAAGGGAUUUCUUCCCUCUUUCUCCCAAUGAAGCAUUCUUAAUGCAGUGUUAUUACUGUGCAUUUCAUUUCAUUUGUAAUUUUAAACCAAGAAAUAUCUGUAUUGUGUUGUAUUUAUACGUACAAAAAUGUAUAGGAUUGCUUUUGCCGUAUAUGUAUGCAUUAAUGUCAUAAUCAAAUGUAUUUUUCUCAUCGCUUUUCUAUGUAUAAAGUCACACGCACUAGUUCGCAACAUGCACUUUUAUUGUUAUUUCACACAAUGCCUUAAAAAUACAUAUGACACAAUGGGGAAGAAGUGCCUUUUAAACUAUGUAUAUUAUUAUGUAGUUAUGAAUUUGUAUUAUAGUUAGAUUUUAUCAACAUAUCAAUUUAUUUCAAUAAAACGAUUUAUUUCCCGCUA